CGCUCUUUUUAGCUUUUCUCAUUUUCCCUUUUUCUGAUCAAGACUUAGAACCAAGACGACCCCACCAUCCCUUAUUAUUGCUGGAGUCAAGUCAACACAGCAAGUCGUUUGCCAGAAACAAAGAGGAGUGGAGCCAGUUUCCUGGCAAUUUCAGGCAUCAACUCUCUUCCUUUUUCUAUAGGUGGGAAGAGUACAAUUAGAAAAGGAGACCAUCUGCGAGGCAUAAGUCACAGAAGCACCUUCAGCAAACUAAGCAGAAAUACAGAGAGACGAAUGCCCAGAAAGUCUGAAGCUCGCCGCAGCCAAACCGCCAGGAGCGGUAGUUCUUCUCAUCAUGUGGUCGAUGUCGAAAUGGCCGAUGGAAGUAGUGUGGGAUCAGCCGACGGCAUAGGUUUUUGCAUCUUUAGAGUGCCUCAAAGCUUGUCCGAGAUCAAUCAGAUGGCGUACCAGCCUAACACGGUCCCGAUCGGCCCCUACCACCACGGAAAGCCGCAGUUUCAGAAGAUUCAAGAGCACAAGCGGCGAUUCUCCAUCGAUCUGCUCAAUCGAACUAGCCAAAGAAGGGAUAAGCUACAGCACUUCGCUGAGGCUUUGAAACCAAUGGAGGAGCAGGUAAGAAAGUGUUAUUCCGAGGCCUUAGCUUUCGGCAGUGAUGAUCUCAUCGAGAUGAUGGUCCUUGAUGGUUGCUUUAUCAUUGAGCUAUUCUGCAAGUGCUACCGAAAAUUGGCGGGCCACACCGAUCCGGGGCAUGACCCCUUAUUGACUGAGCCCUGGGUGUUGCCUUUCCUCAUGCGGGAUCUCGCCAAACUCGAGAACCAGAUUCCUUGGUUCAUUCUUAAACGUCUGUUCGAUCUAACGCUGGGAUCCUGGAAUGAGAGCCAUCCUUCUCUAUUCGAUCUCGCCUUGAGUUUCUUCAACCGCUUGGUUCAAAGACCAAGGGAUGUCUUGAGGAGGUACUCUGAUUGGGAUGGAGAACAUCUGCUUAAUUUGCUCCGUUUGACUAACAACCCAGAUUCUCCAGAAGAAAAACUGAGCCCCAAUAAAUUCCUUCGCCUAAUCCAGCCCGUGAGUACGCUCUGCCAGGCAGGCAUUAAGUUUAAGCCGACCCAUCAUGAAAGCUUCAUGGACAUAAAGUUCAGCAACGGUGUCCUGGAAAUUCCAGUACUAAAGUUCGAUGACUUUAUUAGUUCUCUGUUCCUCAAUUUUAUUGCAUUUGAGCAGUGCCACAGGGGCUCCUCCAAGCAUGUCACAACUUAUGCCGCUUUCAUGGCUUGCCUCCUUAACACACCGGCAGAUGCCGGGUUACUGUGCGACCGCAAGAUCAUUGAGAGAUAUUUUGGGACAGAUGAGAUGAUUGCCCAUUUCUUCAGCAACAUCGGGAAAGACGUCGUGUUUGACAUCCACAAGAACUACUUAUGCCAGGUUUUUGAGGGUGUGAACAUGUACAUCGAGAAGGACUGGAGAGUGCAUUGGGCAAGCUUCAAGAACACCUACUUCAACACGCGUUGGUCCCUCAUAUCAGCUGUAGCAGCAUUCAUACUUCUUGCUCUCGCGGCAAUUCAGUCUUUCUUUGCUGUGUAUAGUUAUUACCGACCUCGUUCCAAUUCCAAUCAUUAAUGACGUUUAAUGUAUUGUUGGUCACUAUAACAUAUUUCCGACCUCUUUCCUGAUUUCUAUCAUUUGUAAUGUUAACCCUGCAUAUUCAUUUUGAA